UCCCGUUGUUAAGGAUAACAAACAAUAUGGGCCUUCAAGGCUCAAAACAUUUGGCGUGUAGAUCUAAAGUUCUAAACUGCUGCAUUGGUCAUAAUGUAAUAAUCUUUAGGGUUAUUCUAUAGAUCUGGAUCAAAGUCUAAAUAGUGAUAAUUUAAGUCAACUCCUCGGAGCUCUAUCUAGUAGCAAAAUGUUGGACAAAGAAAAAUGCCAACGUUAAAUCCCAAAGUGGAAUUAGUAGCCAGUGUCGGUAUGAAUGCGCUUCAUGUUCCAAGCGUGGGUAAACUUCGAUCAGUAGAGCCUCAGCUCACUACACUUUUUCAUAUGAAUGAAUUGUCUUAUAUUCAUCGUGCAGAUGGGUCAAAGUUGGCUCCCUAUCCACCGUUAUUACUUCGUAACUUCAAUGGCGCUGAAGUACGAGAAAAUGGUUAUUAUAUGGAUGCAGAUCUAUUGAAUGCUAAAAUAAAAUUGUUGAGAACAUCUGAAAGCUCUGGGCAUAGAAUACCCCAAGGAAAAGAAAGUCAUCAGGUCUUUAAAGAAGUGCACCAGCAUAAAGUGUUCUCAGUACCUGAUAAAACAAAAGAUGAUAUAGCAGAGACAGUUGCAACAACACAUAAAAGGUUGAUCAGAAAAAAUAGUUCCUCCCAAAAAGUUUCUGGACAUGAAAAACUGUGCACACUUGACAAUAUUUAUGCUCAAAAAACAUCAACAACUCUUCCUGUCAAAAGUUCAAAAAUGAACAGAUUAAACAGAAAAAAUGCUGAAGUUUUUCAUAAAGAGAGACUCGAUGCUUUCUCAGCACUGUGUAAAGGGAUUAGUCUGCAUGAUAAAAACAUCCACUCGAAUUAUGGGAAAAGUUUUCCACUUAGUCAUCAGUCAAAGUCCUCUAAACAGCCUCUUUCUCAGGUCAGCUCGAACAAUACAGUGACCUCUGGAGACAGUGAGAGUCGUCAAAGUGCAGAGGUGUUAUCUAAUUAUGGCCAGAGAAGAAAGUCCAUGUCAAGGGAGGUUGGAAAAAAGACAACGAAGGUGUUCCUCUCUGAGAAGCAGUCAGGAGUUAUCACUGAUUGUGGCAUGUGCGUACCUUGUGCACCUCCAGCCACUCCAACACCAGAGCAAUUAAAGAGAACAGAAUAUGUACCAUCACUUCAAGAUAUCAAAGCACAAAGACUUGUCCGUCAAAGACUUCAUAUUAUUGAAGAAAAUGAAUGCAAAAGAGAAAGAAAAAAACAAGAAACUCAGAAUUUAGGUUUUCAAAAAACUAUGGUUGAGAUGAGACAGGAUUUGAAGAAAAUGCAAAGAAGAGAGAUCUAUGCUUUGAAUAAAGUCAUGACAGACCUAGAGAAUUACAACUUUCAACAAUUUAUGGACAAUAUGAAUGCUCCUGAUUUUUAAGUCUUUCACUUAAGUAAUUGCUGAAUACUUUAUUGUACAUGCCAGUAUUUUGCACUGAGAGCUAGAAUCUUUUCUUUUAGUUAUACAAUUUACUGCUGAUAUUACAUUUUACAUUGAUGUAAAAUUACUUCAUUUACUGCUGAAUACAAUGGUACCUUGUUGUGCAGAUGUUGAGUCUGAAAAAGUAAAAGCAUUAUGUCAUCCUGUUUAUAACCAUCUCUUCAAGCUGCUUAAUGGCACUCAUGCUCAAUUUAUUUAUAUCUUUAUAACAGUAUUUAACAAGUACAUUCUGUAAUAAUGAGGCAUUAAAAAAGUGAGCAAAAUUAGUGCUCACAGUUGUCAAGGAAACAUUUCGAAAAAAAAAAAGCACUGAAAGUAAAAAUAUUUAAGGAAGCAAUCUUAUUUAUAUUUUCAUGAUUCUCUCAUUUAAUCAGAUUUUGUGAGAUUGUUUCAAAGGGGCAAAGCAAAAACCUGAGUAUAUUUAAAGGGAUACUUAAUGAAUUCAUUGGUUUUAUCAUAGGUGACCUAUUUAUUUUUCAGAAGUAAAAUUAAAUGCCAAGAUAAAUUUUUUAUAAGCCACUUGGUUCCACUUUCUAAUUCCAGAUCCAGGUUUAAGUUAAAUAGUAUCCUUCUUUAAUAUACAAAUCAUAUUGUACUUAAUUUUUUAAAUAAUUCUAUUGAAUGUGUAUGUUUGUUAUAAAAAGUGGUUUAGUACAGAUUGUAUAACUGUGCAAUCUUGGAUUAUAUAUUUCAGAAUAAUGUCAUUUAAUCUGAAAUUGUGUGUGCCACAUUAACAGCAAAUCCUCUUAGCAAUAAAAUAUUGAACAUUAUUUUUUCCUACA